GAACACAUUGAGAUGUUUGAUGCGCAAUGUGAUCAGCACAGAAAGACGACAGGUAGAUCGUUAUCAAAGAUUUGCCUGAUAAAAUCACAUUGAGAAAAAACUAUCAAAGAAUUGCACAAUGCAGUAUGGAUAAUUACUGAAGUUUUAAACGCUUUUUAUCUUAAGAGCUUUAAUCUUUAAGACAACUGAAAGGAAAAAAAUCAAUUAGCGGUCGACGAUUUUUUAGUAGCAGUUGGACUUAUAAGAUUUUAUCAUCGUCAGUUGCACCUAAUUUGAUAUACUCUUGGGAAGUUAAAGUCCUCUUUGGAAGUUAUAAUCUUGCUCUAGGGCAUUAAAGAAUGAAGAAACACGUGCAUUCGACGCAUAUCAGAUUUAAAAAGUACAUAUCACUCAUGAUUUUGUGAAUCGAAACCAAAGGCCGUGAUAUUAUAAAAUUUUACUAGCAUGAAUUGGAUUUAAGUCUAAAGAUAUUAAAAACCUGAUUUAGAUAUGAAACAACAGUAUUCUUUGUUGGAUAUUUAUGUUCUAUGUACAGUAUUGGUAGUUAUGGUUGGAUAUAACUGUAACGGGUAUACAUAUCCAAGAUUUGAUACUCGACCACUAAACGUUACAGCUGUAGCCGGCCAGAUGAAAAUUUUACCUUGUGCUGUUGAAAACCAACAGAAUUAUACGGUCGCUUGGAUGAAUCCCAAGAAAAUUUUAAUAUCUCAAGGUGAUAGAAGAUUAAUGGAUGAUAUACGGAUGGAUAUAGAUCGAUCUACUAUCCCUGACUGGAAUCUCCUUAUACGCCAAGUACGAUACAGCGAUCAUGGAAUGUAUACAUGUACCCUCAAUACCAAACCAGUUUUGGUAAAACGUAUUUAUUUAACAGUGUUAGUACCUCCAGACAUCAACGAAUACUGGUCGAGCCCAAAUCAAGUUGUCCGAGAGGGCUCAACAAUUCAACUGACUUGUAAUGCGACUGGAAAACCACAGCCAGAAAUUUUGUGGUUUAGAAAAACAGUGUAUAGUAAAAUCGAGAAAAAAGAAGCCUUAGGUAACCCAGGAGAAAUAUUAGUGAUACACAAUAUAUCAAGAAACUGUGACGGAACAUAUGAAUGUGUAGCGUCUAAUGGCAUCGGGAACGAUGUUUCCAAAGAAAUAUAUGUUGAUGUGCAGUUUCCACCUGAGGUGCAUCUUUUAAAUAAAAAGAUAAGUCAGCGUGUAGGGAAAGAAACGAUUUUAUCAUGUAUCAUUUCUGCGUCACCGCAAGCAGUUGGAAUAUGGUACAAAGGAAAGACACCUGUUGAACAACGCUGGGAUAUACGGACAGAAAUUUAUGAAGACGACCCACAUACUCUUACACUUAAUUUAAGAAUAAUGAGCCUUGAAGAAAAAGACUUUGGUCAUUAUACAUGUGAAGCAUCAAAUGAAUUAGGAGGAGACAGUGAAACCAUGUUUUUAUAUGAAGAAAAAGCCCGAACAACGACACCUUUUGCUCAUUUUACAGAAGAGAUCGUAUCUUUACCUGCAGUACCAGAACAUUCUAUAAAUAAUGGUAGAAAUAAAUACCCAUACAAAAAAGAUAACACAGACUACCUGCAAGACAUUCCAAAAGACCCCGUGUAUCAGUAUGCUGGUGGGAACGGAUCUUCUAGAAGCCAUUUACAAUUUCUCUGCUUACUUUUGAGUUUAUCGUCGGUAUUAACUGCUGGAUUAUAAAAUUAAAUGUUGCUUAAUGACGAAUCAAUCAUACAAUCAACAGAAUGAAAUCAAAAUAACAUAAUUAAUUGUUUCUACAUAGAUAGAAAUGUGCCUAUUACGGAAAGAUAACUCAAACUGAAAAAGUUGAAUCUCGAGAUGAAAUGAAAGUGUUAUUUUGAAGAUACAUGUAAUAUUAAAUAAUCAUGUCAUAACAUAUGUCAUAGGAGUUACUUUCUCGUUUUUUGCUGUAUGUUUGUCAAGUUGAAAUGCCAAAUAGUCGCUCUAUACAACAACAUAAAAAUGCAGUUUUUAGACAAUGAUCAUAUUAUUUAGUACAAUGCUAGAUUGAAAAUGUGAAAAAUAUUUGACGCAUGUUAUGUUUCCAAGGAUCAAUUCCGCAUUAUUUCCAGUUUGAAUACUGUAAAAGCGAAAAUGUUUAAAUACACAAACAGUAUUAUUAUGUAGUGCAGAAUUUGAUCAAGACAAACACAUAUUUGGAUGUUUUUAAUAGAAAUACUAACGACUAGUCGAUGCAAUCAUACGCUUCUUAAUAUCUUGGUGAAUUUGAAUGUUUUGUAAUAUACGAAAAAUGAAUGUUUAAUUCAUUACCGAAAAAGACAAGUCUGAAAGUAAAAUGAUUAUUUAUAUACCAUUAUGAAUGAAAAUUUUAAAGUGUGAAUUUAUUAAGUAUUUUGUUAUUUUGAUGAGAGUAUGUCUUGUUGUGUUGAUUACCUAAUGCUGUUAUUUAUACCUUAUUUUUUUCAUCAUGUGUCAUAUGAUUGAUAUAUUGUUAAUAUUCAUUUAUUGUUAGAAUUUAAGCAUUUCAAAGACUCCAUCUUUAUGUGAAGUAUUGCAUUCAUUUCAUGUGUAUCUUUGAAUCAAUUGAAAAUGUCGUGGUGAAUAUGUUUCAUCCGUGUUUUAUCAUUGUAAGUACUAUAAACGAGUUAUUUUCACAAUAUUUUUUCAAGGAUAAUUUAAUCAAUGAACAACUUAAACAUAUCUGUAAUUAUGCAUGUAAUAUUUGCCGUUGAACGAUAAGCAAAACUCAAACAACAUUUCAAAGAGCGCUGAAAAUAGAACCAAAAGUCUACAUUACAAGCCUAGUCGAAUCAACUAAAAAAAGAGUCUCAAUCUCUUAUUCAAACGAACAUCAUAAAAUAAAACAUCUAUGAUACAUAUAUAUAUAUCUUAGAAGAGUUUACCUUACACGGUUUUUGGUUGUUCUAUUUAGGUCCUUUUGGCUUUUAUGCUCUCAAAUGUUUUACGCUUUUAGUUUUUCAAACUUUCGGUCUCGAGAGUACAACAUUGUUGAAUUAUAAGUUUAGAAACAAUUGUCGUAAGCACGGAAAACGGAACCAUAUGUGUUUCCCUACUGUUCUAUUAAUAAAGGAAAAUAUGCUUGUA